CCCUUCCCAAUUAAUUCACAAUUCACGUCCGCCCGGUUCUGGGCGCAAACGCGCGUGUUUGGUAUUCCGUUCUGUGUUGAUUAGUCGUCCCAGUGUGUGCGAGUGUGCGCGUUUGUGGUCUCUAGUGGUUUUAGCGGCGGCAAUAAGUGCAGUGGAAGCGGCCACCACGACCACGGGGUGUGGGCAAUUGUUGGCAUUCCUUGGCUGUGCGGCCUUUAAUUUGUGCCCGUGUGCGCGGCGUACGGGCUAUUUAGCUUUUGUCACCUGCUCCAAUACGGAUUCGGAGAACCCGAUCAGAACCGAUUACUCUCCUGAUCGGCGCGCGCUGCUUUCGGUUCGAAGUGAGAGUGCAUUUUGGAUGACCUUCCGGUUCGUCGAUCGGCUAUAGGAAGCGAGACUUGCCCCUCCAACGAUGGGAAGCACUGGCUACACGUGUAUACGGCGGACGUUUUGUUCCUUCAACAUCCUGAUCUGGCUCUGCGGUAGUGGAUUCUUGGCGAUAGGUGUUUGGCUGCAUUUUGCAUAUCCCGGCUACGCGACGUUACUACCCGACCAUGCCGUGCUAAGUGCCGAUUCGCUGUUCAUCACCGUCGGCGUGCUGAGCUUCGUGAUUGCGUUCUUCGGUUGCUGCGGAUCGUGGUUCCAAUCCCGAUGCUUCCUAGUGAUAUACUUCACCCUGGUUGUGUUCCUGUUCCUUAGUGAGUUUUUGCUCGGCUCGCUGGCGUUUGUGUUCCGCGGUGGUAUCGGGCGUAUGCUGGCGCACGAACUGAAGUACGGUAUCGAGAAGCACUACAACGUGAGCGACCGUGGAGGAUUUUUCACGCCAUCGGUCGCCAGCAUUUGGGAUAAGCUGCAGGUUGACCUCCAAUGUUGUGGUGUCUCGUCGUACGAAGACUGGCACGAUAUCAGUGCGUGGCCCGGUGAGCGGUGGGUGCCUCGUUCCUGCUGUCGUCCCCAGUAUGGCUCCGUGUUUUUGGAAGGAUCCGGUGACGACCUACCGACCGUUGACUGUCGAAAAGCCGGGGAUCCAUCGUUGCUGUGGGACAAAAGCUGUGGCCAAAUUCUGCAGAUGUGGUUCGUGCAACGGCUUCACGUCGUGGGAACGGUCGGGUUAGUUAUAGGGUUUCUUCAGCUAUUUGGUCUCAUAUCUUCGAUGCUGCUGUUCUGUACCGUGAAACACAAACGUUCCUCGAAAACCUACAAAUCCUACUCACCGACGGUCGAUACGACGCUCAAUCGCAACGGCACAAGCGGCACCUACAUGGACGAUUGACUGUACGGCUAGGGAGUGGUUGUUGAUUGAGCUGUUCCGGAGUUGAUCGACUCGACAAUCAUCCCAUGGCAACAACAAGAAUCAAUACUCACCACCUUCGGUGCGAAUGCUGUGGUUGUGUGUGCGUGUGCAACGUUUUGCGGGUAGUAUGUUGUCCGUGAUGGGCAAGGACUUUGUGCCAAAAAGAAGAUAAAAUAUUUCGACGUAUCGCGUUAGUGGAAGGAGUUCCCGAUUACAGGGCACAGCGUGAGUAACCUCCCAAGUAACCAAAACGAAACAAAGACCGGUUCGCGGUUCGCGUAGAAACAGCAAGUGGAUACUCACUCUAGAGCGAUCUCCGCGCAUUAGUGACGAGACGCGUACAGGAACGUAGAAUAGCUCAAGAAUCGCACGAUUUUAUUUAUACACUACAAUUAGGUUUAGGUCACCCGGUGCUCGUUUCGGUGCGGCGAAACAUUCCCGAGCGGAGGACGGAGAAUACUAAACGAAGGUGCGAAAGCGGUUCGCUCUCGCAAGGGCAUGACAAGAAGUGGGGCCUUCGAUAAGGUCGAUGGUCGUCAAAACUACAUUCCAAUCAAAUAAAGAACGCAUGGCAUG